AUGGAGAGGAAGGGCCUUUUUCGUCAAGACCAUCCGCUGGGGACUCGGCCGGAUGCGUGCAAAACAAAGCCGAAACUCCGGAGCGCGAGAGACCUCCUGCAAGCAUUCGGAGGCGUGCUUCGCCAAACAACCUCCGCGAAAGGGGGAAGGGGCCGCGAAGAGUCAGGGUUGCUUGCCGCUCAAGAGCCGCCGGCUACGUUUCCUUCAGAGACGCGUCGGCCCGCGUCGCCUCCGACGCGUGCACGGUGUGUCGCGCAGCGCGAGGAGGCCUCCACUCGCGACUCCGGUCCGAAGCCGCUUCAGUGCAGCAUUUGCUUGGAGCCGAUGCUCGCUACUGACAGCUGCAUCGACCUAGGGUGUUUUUCGCAAGGAACCGAUGACGUUUCCGCUGGUCCGUCCACCCGAACAAAGCCACGUCGGGUCUCGCAGGAGGGCCCCCCCGCCGCGAGCGCGGGCGUGCCCCAUCGCCUGCACACAGUCUGCCUUCGCCAGUACGUAACCUUUUCGCUCCAGAACUACCAAGUGUCCAGUUCCCCCGCCCGCGACGAUGCAGACCCCGGCGCAGCCAUUCUUCGAUGUCCGCUGCCCGACUGCCGAAGAGCCGUUCCGCAGAGCGUCAUUCGCCGCCUACUCCUCUCUCCGGCGGAGGACGCGGCCGCGGCCUGCGCUGAGGAUCUGUUCCUGGGAGAGCGCCAACACGCGGAAGGUGCCUCCGAGUCGGUGCCUCUGUCGACCUCAACCCUGGCGUCGGCCGUCGCAGCGAGGAACCGGAGGGAGACGCGAAAGGACGAUGGGAGCACGACGGCCUCCUGGUUUUCGACGCCUUCCUCGUCCGAUCUGGGACUCGAGGGCAACGCACCCCCGCCUGCCAGCUCUCUGGCUGUCGCGGCGGCCGCAGUGAUUCGGCGGUCCCGCCGCGACGCCUCCGACUGCGAAUCUGUGCAAAAGGAAAACCAGCCGCAGCGAUGCGCGGCCGCACCCGCCCAGCCUACCCACAGGUCUGGGACUGAAACUAACAAAGAGGGACAGGAACUGUACGGCGUCUACUUGCAAAGAGAGUUCGAAGCGUACGCCGACACAGCCGGAGACGUCGUGCGAUGCAUGGACCCGGACUGCGGGUACGCCUUCUGGUGGCCUGUCGAUGCGGAGUGGCCAAGCGACGAAGCCGAACGCCGAGGCGGAGAACCGUGCCCCAAGUGCAAGCGAAGGUGCUUGAUUUGCGGCGCUGCCGCACACGAAGAGGCGAGCUGCGAGCAAGCGUGGGCGAUGCAGAACCCCGCGACCUGUGCGCCGCGUUUGGGGGCGAGCGCGAAGAAAGGAGGCGGCGCGGGAGCGGGCCGAGUCCCGAGGAAGAAGCUGUGCUUUUGGAGAGAGUUGCGCCGAGUCGAUUCCGCCUUCGAAGAGUACAAAAAGGCGGAGAAUCUACGGGACUGCAUGCAGUGCGGCGCGACCGUUCACUUGGAGACAGGGUGUCACCGCAUGCGCUGUCGGUGCGGCUACAAAUUUUGUUACGUCUGCGGCACUCCGAAUGCGACCUGCGGCUGCGUGGAAGUCCAAGGCCACGGCUUCCUCUCUCUCGAGGAAGUUCGUCAGUCCACGCAGCCCCGCAGGCGAGCGGGGAGCGCGGAGGCCGAAGGCUCUGGAGCGUCGCGCGACCGGAACCCUGCCCAGUGGCCUGCGACUGCGCAUACGCCUGCGCCGACUGCAGCCAGUCGGCGCGGGAAGCGAGAGCACGUGAGUCUCUUCGAGGAACCGCAGACAGGGGCGAGACUCGGCAGACCGGCCCCGCCAGGCCCGCGGACCCCGGCUGCUGCUCGCCACCGACGAGCGUCGGAGACAGAGAAGUUGGGGGGACGGAGGCGCGCCGAGAGUCGAGGAAGCAGCCGGUCUGCUCGGGUGGCGAAAACGAACCAGAAAGAGGAGUCUGGCGAGAACGAAGGGAAGGCGGGUAGGCGACGGCGGGCGCCGUCCGCAGCGCCCGACAAGGAACUCCCGGCCCGCGCGACCAAACAUGCUCGAGGCGCCGAAGCUGCGCCCAAACGCGUGUAA